GGACUACGUGUCACAACCAUGAAUGUCAUCAGUGCUUUGGCUGCACUGGCUGGGAUUAUUUUCACUAUCAUCAGCUUCACGCAGCAACACAAGUUCUGUGAGAUGCCUUCCCUGGAAGGAUCCUGUGUUGUAGGUAGAACACUUCUUGUUGGGAUUUUGUCAGUCAUUUUAAUCAUCAGCAUAGCAGAGCUCAGCAUCUCUGUGACUGUCGCAUCCUUUCGAAGCAACUGCUGGACACAUUCAGAUAAGUUAAGAGUCUCAAGAGGUCCUUUGUCUCCCCAAAGCAAAUCACAGCCAAGUGAUAAAGCUCAUGAUAGUUACUACACACCUCUUAUACCUAUUCCAGAUGAACACCAGGACAGUAUCCCUCCACCUUUCAAGUUGUCACAGGAAGAAGAGAUGAAAUCUCCACCUUCCACAUUAGAAGCAAGUUCCUCAAAAAAUCCUAUAUUCACUCAAGGAAACAGUACAACAGAACAGCUGGAUGAUAAAGAAUUAAAAUCUGCUACUGCACAACCCUCUGAAAUGCAAACCCAACUGCUUCAGGACCAAGCCUCGCCACUCCAAGCUGUACCAAACUCAUAUGAAAGAAAACUCUUAGCUUUGCUACCCAAUGACGUUAUAUCCUAUGCACCACUGAUACGAACCCUGCUAACACAAGCCUUGCAAUCUGAACCUCCAUCAUCCCAUUUCGAACAGUUAUAUGACCUGACAUCUGAAGACUUGCCCUCUCAAGACAUACCUUCUCAAGACAAACUAUCCCAAGACAUUCCAAUUGAAGACAGUCCAUCCCAAGACAUACCAUCCCAAGAAAUUCCAAUUGAAAACAUUUCAUCCAAAGAUAUUUCAUCCAAGAACAUAUCAUCUCAAGACAUGACAUCCCAAGAAACUCCAACCAAAGACAUUUUAUCCCAAGACACACCAUCCCAAAACACACUAUUCCAAGACACACCAUCCCACAACACACCAUCCCAACACAUUCCAAUGCAAGACAUUUCAUCCUCAAAUACAACACUCCAAGAUACACUGUCCCAACACAUUCCAAUGCAAGAUAUUCCAUCCCAAAACAUACCACUCCAAGACACACCACCUCAAGACAUUUCUACCCAAGACGUUUUAUCCCCCAAAACACCAUCUCAAGACAUUCCAGCCCAAGACAUUUCAUCCCAAGACAAACCAUCUCAAGACAUUACAACCCAAGACAUUCCAUCCCAAGACACACCAUCCCAAAACACACCAUCUCAAGAUGCAUCAUAUCAGUAUAUGCCAUUGCAAAACACAUCAUCCAAAGAUGUGCCAUGCCAAGAUCUUCAAUCACAAAGCCAAGAGUUUCCAGAAAUAAUAUAUCAAGACAUUCAAUCAGAAGUCAUGGAACUGACCCAAGAAUGGAAAUCUGAGAAGAAACCCCAUGGCUUAAAAUCCCCAAGAAGACUAUCUUUAGAGCUGCAAAACAAAGAUGGGAAAUCUCCAAGAAGACAUUCCUUAGACCUGCCAAGAAAACAUAAGCAAUCCCAAAAGCGAUAUUCCUUAGACCUACCAAGCAAAUCUCCAAGACGAAAUUCUCUAGACAAAAAACUCAAAGCCUGGCUAUUCCCAAAGAAGCACUCCAUAGAUAAGCAAACACAAUAUAAUCAAAGCUCAAAGCAACUCCCUGAUCAGCAAGCUGAAGAUCAAGAGGACAAAGGGGAACAAUCCGAAAACGAUCAAUAUGAAGACCAAGAGGCCAUAGAAGAGCAAUCCCCAAAGGCACAAUCUGAAGGUGGAGAAGAUAAAGAUCAGCAGGCUAACAAUGAGCAAUCCCCAAAGAAACAAAUCCAUGAUCAGCAAGCUGCAGACCAGCAGGCCGAAGAAGAGAAACCCUCAAAGGGACAAUUCCCCAAAUUGGCAAGUCAAACAACAACAAACUCAAGUGCAGAAAGCUCCAAAGCAGCUCUCUGA